AUGAUUAAAUGCUAUUCAUGCAAUGAUUAUGAUAUUGAUAUCAUGACUUCUAUGGAUGAUUCAAAACGUUCUUUAGUGGUUAUGGCUGAUUCAAGAGUUCGCAAGAAUGCAACAGAACCAAUCAAUACAUACUCAUUCAUUCGUGGAAGUUAUGAUUCAACAUUAACCAGAACAGUGAAUGAUAUAUUAAAUGAGUUGAAUAUUAAGGUAAGAGUUGAACAAAAGAACGAAGAAAUAAAGACCAUUAUGAAUGAAAACAAAGAUGUAAACAUUGACGAUAAACUUGCCCAGAGCAUAGUUGAUGGCAUCUGUGAUUUUGAAGUACAUAAUGACGGUGGAAACAUGAAUUUAGAAAAAGAAGUUACAUUAUUCACACUGUUUCAAGCUAUUAAUUCGUUACCUAAUCAUUUGAUUAAUGAAGCAUACGAUAACGUUUAUAACUUCUGCAGUUUAACAGAAAAUGCUAAAAGUAAUUUUGAAAAAGCACGUGGUAGAUAUGCACAUUUAAUGACUUCUCCAUUUGUUUUGGUAAAGAUUCUAAAACUAUAUCAAAAGGAAUAUUAUGAUGAAUACGUUUUACCUUUAUUACGUAAGCCAAAAAUAACAUUUGAUAUCAAACUUGAUGACUCGUUUUUGAUAACAGAUAUUAGACGCAAGGCUGAAAAUCAUCAGUAUAAAAACAGUUCUGAAGUAAUUGAGGAUUUAUCACGUGUAAUCCGUUUUGUAGAUUGUGGAAAUAAAUAUUUCAUUCAAAAGGACUAUAAUAUUCAUGAUAAAAUGAAUCAAAUAUCAUUCGUUCUUCAAUCAAACAUGAAAGAGUCACUUAAAAUGAUUAAAUUAUUUAAAGAAGAAGGUAAAACAAUAACAGCAUGGGACGUACUACUAAAUCAAUUGUCUUCAUUAACCGUUAAGGGUGUUUGCUUUAAAUCUGAUUCUCCAGAUGUUUUCUCAACGUUUCAGGGUUAUAAAUACAACAUUCUCGAAAAGCCUGAUUACUCAAAAAUUGAGAUGUUUAUGAAUUUCAUUAAA